GGAGAUUACAUCGAAUCCUUAAGAUAUCGGACCGACACACCGGCCCCUGAUCUGCAGCUGUGGCCCUUACCAUAGGACUAUAUAGAGGACUGAGCAGCACUAAGGCACCAGGGACCUGGGAUCACAUCUGGAACUACAGAUUGAGUUCAUGACCCGGGAUGGACAAUAAGGCCAUGUAUCUACACACGUUUGAUGAAAAAGAAAAUGGCUCAGUUUUCGAGGAAUCAUUCGACGGGAAAAAUCUGUCCAAGAUGAAUCUAUGUGAAGGAUGUCCAACAAAUGGAAAGAAAUCAUCUCGUCGCUGCGGGCAGCUGGGGUCUAUCGCGGCUCUGAAGUAUGCAGUGGUGGGUCUCUACCUACUGGUCUUCCUUAUCCUUGUUGGAGUGUUCAUCUUGGCAGUGUCAAGACCUCAGAGUGCCCCAGAAGAUCUUAAGGUGCUAACAAGCAACGUCAACCGCCUGAAUGAGAGCUACAGGGAUCUUCAGUUUAAGCUCAUGCAGCUCACCUUUAAAGGAGACUUUAUGGUCCAUAUCUGGAAGCUGCAGGACCUCUUACAGAACCAUACAGACUUUUUGUUUCAAUUGACAGAAUCCUUGCAGAAACUUGAGCAGAACCUCAAUGGUGUCCAAGACAUGGCCUCCAAGACUGACACAAUUGCCUCAAGUCUUGGUGCCAGCCUAAACCAGGUCACUGACUCUCACAAUCUAGACAUCUAUAGACUAUCAGCCGAGGUAAACAACAGCCAUUAUGUAUGGAACCACCAUGACGCCAUGCUGAAGACACUGACGACUAAAGUCGAAGGACUCAAUGAGCAGAUAAGUGACUUGAUGGUGACCCUGAAUGCCAUAAAUGGAACUUUUUCCUACGACAUCGGAAUCCAUCAUUCAAGGAUACAAGAACUUCAGGGUCUCAUAACCAAUGUAUCUGAAGACACCAGACAGACGAGGCUUCUUCACAUGGUUAUGGAGCAGCAGCUAAAACAUGAGAUGGCUCUGAUCAACAAUGUGACCGAAGAUCUUCGUCUUAAAGAUUGGGAACACUCAAUAGCCCUAAAAAACAUCACAUUCGUAAGAGGUCCGCCAGGGCCAAAGGGAGACCAAGGACAUGAAGGAAUGGAAGGAGAACCUGGGGUCCCCGGACUGCCUGGAUUAAGAGGUUUUCCAGGUGAAAGAGGACUUCCUGGUCUUCCUGGUCAGAAAGGAGAUCAGGGAGAUAUUGGAGUUCCUGGUAGUAUGGGUCUACGUGGACUUAAAGGUGAUCGUGGGCAAAGAGGAGAAAAGGGCGAGAAAGGCGACAGAGGAGAACUAGGGUCGGCCGAGGAGGGGGUGGUGCGGCUGGUGAACGGAUCGGGACCCCACGAAGGACGGGUAGAGGUCUACCACAACAAGAGCUGGGGCACCGUGUGCGACGACGGCUGGGAUAAGAAGGACGGCGACGUGGUCUGCCGGAUGCUGGGAUACAAGGGAGCCGAAGAGGUGUACAGGACUGCCAAGUUUGGACAAGGUACUGGACGUAUCUGGAUGGACGACGUUGCCUGUAAAGGAACCGAGGAAUCGCUUCUUCAGUGCAUGUUCUCCAGCUGGGGCAAGACUAACUGUGGCCAUGCCGAGGAUGCCGGAGUGACCUGUCUCAAACAGUGAGCCAAGGGGGGUCAGAAGACGGUGGAACCUUGAUCAUGGAGACGUUAGAUCCAGUCCCGGCUUAGAAGGUCACAACAUCUUAUGUUACGUGUUGUGGCCCGAGCAUCGCGGAGACUGUUGAACGAGACUUUGCUUCUUCGUUGACUUCAGGCUCGAAAAGGAAGGAAACCAAGAUGGCCACGCUUCCAAUUCCGUUUAUCGCAGGUGUUUAUGAAGCCAAAGAAAUAUUCAGCGGGGGGCACAUUAUUGUUAUCUGGGAAGACCAGGACUCAGCCAGUAGCAUCCCGAAUCUGGUGUAGCUCCGAUUUUGGUACAAAUGGGGGCUAAGAUUGAGCUGAGCGCCAUUGUAAUAAACCAAAAAUUCAUACAUAAAAUGCAACAUAUAGGACAUUGCUAUUCGCGUCCGCGAUCUGUCGAGAAACUGACUAACUUGUCCCAGAGCCUUGUAUACCAAGCAAUAUGCAUAAAAAAUGUACCCCCCCAAAAAAAAAAAAAAAUUCUGGGCAGAUAUUUACUCACCGAUUCUGCUUUUUUUUUUUAAUCCAAUGACCGUUUCUCUUAUACUGUGCUUUUGUCGUCUUUUUCGAAUUUCAUGUAUUUGAAACUAAUGGAAAACCAUGAAAUAGCAGGAAACACAAUAUGACCGAGAUGGGCACUAAGGUAGACAGCCAUAUUGUCAUGGCACGGCUUCUGUUUUUUUUACUUCCGUAGCUCGCGCAGACAGAAGACAGACAAAACGGAGGCUAUUUACUGAGGAAUAUACGGUGAUAAUGUGACCAUAUGGUACGAGGUAA